GAUGUUCUCUGGGAAUCGGGCCAGUCAGGUAUUUGUAUUCCUUCUGCUAACUAUUGCAGAACAAUGGACCCAGUCUUCAGCAUCAGACACUCUACUGGGUCUUGAGUGGUUCAGACCCAUAGUGCAUACCCCAGUAGGCUGUUUUCGAGGUCUUCGGGCCCAGGACGGGAAUUACUCCAUGUUUCUGGGUAUCCCGUAUGCAAAAGUUGAUCCGGAAAACGUUUUUGGACCUCCUAUUCCGCACAGAUUUAAAGGGAUAUUUGAUGCAGUCGACGAUACUUCAAGGUGUCCACAAAUUGAAGAGUUUAACCACACAAUUACUGGGACUCUGGACUGCCUUCAUCUCAACAUAUACGUACCGAAUAGCGCCAGUAUUGAUAACCCCUUACCUGUGAUGGUCCAAAUAUUCGGAGGAAAAUUCCAAUUCGGAUUUGCAGGCAGAUACCUUUACGGACCACGCUUCUUAGUCAGACAUGACGUAAUUUUCAUUACGUUCAACUAUCGCCUUGGCCCUUACGGUUUUAUGUGUCUAAACACCUAUAAAGUACCAAGGAAUCAGGGUUUGAAAGACCAAGUACUAGCACUACGCUGGAUUAAAGAAAAUAUACGGUAUUUUGGCGGAGACGACUCUAAAAUUACUGUAGCGGGAAACAGUGCUGGCUCAAUAUCUGUGGAUUUCCAUGUGCGCUUUCUACAAGAACCAUUAUUUAAUAGAGUGAUUUUGCAAAGCGGCGUUAUAUUAACUAAACAACUAUUCAAAGAUCCUGAUCCAGAAGCUCCUUUGAAAUUGGCAAAGCAAUUGAAUUAUACAACGAAUGACAUUAAUGAUGCUUUGUCGUUUCUGAACAGGGUAGAGCCACAUGCCCUUAUUGCUGCUAACAGAGAUACUGGUUUAGUUGUUGAACUGUGUGUUGAAAAGCAAUUUGAUAAUGCUGAUAACUUUAUAACAAAACAUCCAAAUAAUAUAAACAUUGUAAGAGAUGUCGAUGUUUUAAUUGGUUUUAAUAACGAUGAAGGCUACGUGGCAGUCACUACGAUGAAAAAAGAGAAAUUUGAAAGUGAGGACUUCGUGUCUUUGCUUUUGGAUAGAGACUUUAAAUUCGAAAAUGAAAGGAAGCUAUAUGAAAUAAAAAAGAUAAUCAGGAACUUUUAUUACGGUGAUGAUGUUCCACACGCAGAUAAUAGGAGACCCAAUAUGAAUUUAUAUGCUGAUUUUUCUUUUUACAGUCCGAUAUUGAGGACUGUUAGAAAAUAUUUAGACAGUGGCUUAGACAACAUGUAUUUAUAUAUGUUUUCAUAUUCCGGUGAAAGGUGUUUUGUCAAAGAUAAAGAUAAUGUAUCAUAUACAGAAGGUGGCGCUUCCCACGCAGAUGAGCUGGGAUAUUUAUAUGACAUUUCUUACAUGAAGGAGCGGUUGCGUGAUGAAGAUAUCCUAAUUGUUGACAGGAUGACGGAACUUUGGACUAAUUUUGUUAAAUAUGGAAAUCCAACACCAAAACCAACUAAAUUAAUUCCUCUUCAAUGGCCACGCGUAUCCCAGGACAAACUGCCAUAUUUGGAGAUAAACACUGAACUACGCCUAGGCUCAAGACCGAUGCACGAGCGGAUGAGCUUUCUGGACCUUCUGUACCGGCACAUUGAACAUUACCAAAGGGAUAAGCAAGGAGUAAACUAUGAAACAGGAAAUUAUAUUCGCAUUUGGUCCUGA